AUGCAUAUUCCAAGCCUACUAGCUAUUAUUGCUACCCUCAGCAUUGGCGCCGAUGCUGCCUAUCAUUGCAGAUGUCACAAUGAGGCUACAACAAAAAGCUGCUGUUCAAAACUAGGCUACACCGCUAUGAGACUCAAUGAUAGACUGAUUUACUGCUAUGCCAACAAUCUGGCUGGAGUGCUUCCUCAAUCUUACCCUAUGAAAACGUGUUGUGGAGGUGACCAAGGUCUCGCCGGCUGUAUCUAG